AUGGUGAGCAGCAGCGUUGUGGGAUGCGGGGCAUCUGUCCUUGCCUCUGACGCACCUCUUGCUGGUACCAACCUCACACCGUCCAUCCUGGUCGUCGGUGUCGGUGGCGGUGGCUGCAAUGCCGUCAACAACAUGAUCUCGCGCGCUCUCACAGGCGUCGACUUUCUCGCUUGCAACACCGAUGCUCAGAGCCUUGCUCAGAGCCUUGCCCAUCGGACACUUCAUCUUGGUCGUACUGGUCUGGGUGCUGGUGCCUCGCCGCGUGCGGGUUAUGAUGCCGCUGCCUUUUCCUACGACGCCAUCAUGGACGAGCUCAAGGGCAACAACAUGGUGUUUCUCACCGCCGGUAUGGGUGGCGGGACCGGGACUGGUGCGUCGCCGGUCAUCGCGGCGGCGGCGAGGGAGCUCGGCAUUCUCUCAGUCGGCAUCGUGACCAAGCCGUUCCCGUUCGAGGGCGGGCGGCGGCGGCGGCAGGCUGAGGAGGGUAUUAGCGAGCUGGAGAAGUACGUUGACACGCUGCUGGUCAUUCCCAACGAGAACCUGCUCUCGCUUGGGCGCAACAUCACCAUGGGCAACGCGUUCCAGGCUGCCGAUGGCGUGCUGUACGAGGGCAUCCGUGGCGUGACCGACCUCAUUGUCAACCCAGGCCUGGUCAACGUCGACUUUGCCGAUGUCACCACCGUCAUGUCCAAUAAGGGACGGGCCCUCAUGGGCUCGGGCGAGGCCGAGGGCGACGACCGCGCGUCGGUGGCGACUGCGCAGGCGCUGGCCAACCCUCUGCUCGAGAACGUCAACCUCGCCCAUGCCCAGGGUGUCCUCGUUUGCAUCUCGGGCGGCGAUGACCUGACGCUCUUCGACGUCUCCACAACCACAGAGACCAUCCGCGCCUCGGUCGACGACGACGCCAACAUCAUCUUCGGCUCGUCGUACGACCCGGCACUCCCGGAGGGCACCAUCCGCGUCUCGGUCAUGGUCACCGGCCUCGACCCAACGUUCAAGCAGCGCGUUGCCCCGGCGCCGGCGUCGGCCCCGAGCAAGUCGGCCAUCGCCCAAGGCGUCCUCACCUCGGCCGCCAAGCCCGCAGAGCCGACCGCCGCCAAGCCUGCUGCCUCCAAGUCGCGUGCCAAGCCGGUCGAGAUCUCGUCGAUCGGCCAAUCGGUCUCAGACAACGCCAAGAGCAUGUGGGCUUUCCUCAAGCGCCAUGCCUAGACCGGCACGCAGGCCGACGCAUACACAACACUUCUCUUCUCUUUGACUAAACCCC